ACGGGCGCGAUGGCUUUACCCGCAGCAGCAGCAACAUCUGCAGCAGUAGCAGCAGCAGCAGCAAGACGCUGCCCGACGCCGAGCGUUCUCGGCCCCGCGCGGCGACGCAAAUGCAAGCGGCGCAGACGGCGGCGCUCCAAGUGCAAGAAAGGUAUAUUGGGCACAGCACAUCAACUCAACAUGUGCAGCCGUGUCUCUGAGCAGCUGGCCAUGUCUUCGAUUCCUACACACGCUUGUGAAAGGACCACAGCUGUUUGUCAAUUCAGAGCGCAACCAAAUGUGACUGGAGUGGAUGAGAAUGAAGAGAAUAUGAACUCUUGCAGCACCGACGUUAAAGAGAAUCGUCACAUCGGAAACAACAUGUCCAUCACGGAGCCCGCUCUCGGACUGUGCUCCAUAGCCAGCAUUCCCGCGAACAGGGGCUCUACGAAACGCAAAAGGCCCCUGGAGGAGGGCAGCAAUGGCUCUAUGUUCCCGCGUUUUCGGCCGAAAAAACGGAGGAGGGCGCCAGGGCCGGCUGUGCCAAAGAACGCCCUGAUGCAGCUCAACGAGGUGAAGCCGGGCAUUCAGUACAAGAUGGUGAACCAGGUGGGGCCCGUGCACGCGCCCGUCUUCAUCAUGGCCGUGGAGGUGAAUGGUCAGACCUUCGAGGGUUCGGGCUCCACAAAGAAGAAGGCAAAGCUGCAGGCGGCCGAGAAGGCCCUGCGCUCCUUCGUGCAGUUUCCAAACGCUUGCGAGGCCCACAUAGCCAUGGGCCAGAACACCGCAGCGAUCACCGACUUCACGUCCGACCUGGCCGACGUCCCGGGCAUGAACUUUAACAAGUUUGACCUACCUGGGGAGAGUGACUCUUUUUCUCAAGACUCCAGCGAGAGCGAGUCAUUUCUGUCUACAUUCGGACUCAACGGCUUCGAGGCGAAGGCAAGCAGGAGCGAGGCGUCGCUCAUUCCUGCCGUGCCUGGUCAGCAGCCAAGCAACCCACCUUACCCUCUUCUCUCGUGCGGAAAAAACCCGCUGAUGAUCCUCAAUGAAAUGCGACCUGGGCUCAGGUUUGACUUUGUCGCAGAAAUCGGCGAGAGCCAUGCCAGGAACUUUGUAAUGGCUGUGACGGUGGAUGGGCAGACAUUUCAGGGAUCUGGUCGCAAUAAGAAGCUGGCGAAGGCUCGAGCAGCGCAGGCUGUGCUUCAGGGCAUUUUUCAUCUGCAGCUGGAUGCCACCCCCGGUCGCCAGCCCAUCCCAAGUGAGGGCCUGCAGCUGCACCUGCCACAGGUGCUGGCAGACACGGUCGCAUCCCUUGUGCAGCAGAAGUUUUCAGAUCUCACCGACGGCUUCACGUCGCCGCACGCUCGACGGAAAGUGCUCGCUGGGAUCGUCCUGACGGCCGGGUUGGACGUUAAAGAUGCGCAGGUGAUAUCAGUGGCGACGGGAACCAAGUGCGUAAACGGCGAGUACAUGAGUGACCGUGGGCUGGCUCUCAACGACUGCCACGCGGAGAUCGUGGCCCGGCGUGCCCUGCUCCGCUACCUCUACACCCAAUUGGAGCUCCACUUCAGCAAGGAAGAGGAGAAGCAGACGUCCAUAUUUGUAGCAUUGGAGCAGGGAGGCUUCAAGCUGAAGGAAGACAUCCAGUUUCACCUCUACAUCAGCACAUCACCCUGCGGAGAUGCUCGCAUCUUUUCUCCCCAUGAAGCCAGCAUGGAUGGUGACAAGCACCCCAACAGAAAGGCCCGCGGGCAACUGCGUACAAAGAUCGAGUCGGGAGAGGGGACCAUCCCCGUGCGGGCGAGUGGCGCUGUGCAGACGUGGGAUGGUGUGCUACAAGGAGAGCGUCUUCUCACCAUGUCUUGCAGUGACAAAAUCGCCAGGUGGAAUGUGCUGGGCAUACAAGGCUCCCUGCUGAGCCACCUGAUGAAGCCCAUCUACCUAAACAGCAUUAUCCUGGGCAGCCUUUACCACGGCGAGCAUCUGUCGCGCGCUGCCUACCAGAGGAUCUCCGACAUUUGGGACCUUCCUUCACCAUACAAGCUCAACCGGCCCAUGCUCAGUGGCAUUAGCAACGCCGAGUCCCGUCUGGCUGGGAAGGCCCCAAGUUUCAGUGCAAACUGGAGCCACGGCGAUGGCAGUCUGGAGGUGAUCAAUGCCACCACGGGGAAGAAUGACCUGGGCCGUGCAUCGCGUCUCUCCAAGCAUGCCUUGUUUUCACGCUGGCUACGAGUCAACAGAAAGCUAAAUACUCGCAUUGACCUCAAGGGGAAGAGAAUGAAUGUUUACAGCGAAGCAAAGCUGGCAGCUGAGGGCUACCAAGAAGCCAAGCGUCAGCUCAACCGGGCCUUCCACAAGGCGAGCCUAGGAGCCUGGGUGAAGAAGCCCAUUGAGCAAGACCAGUUCUCACUCGCUGUGUGAUGGAGCUCUUGCGCCCACCUGCUUUCUACUCGACGUCUGUGAAAAAGAGCUUGAAAGCUCAUCGGAUUCCUCCAGUAUGAAUAUAAAGAUUCUUAUUCUGCUCGUGUGUUCGAUGUAAUUACUGUAAUUGCAUUUUUGGCACACUUAUGACUGUACACUUAUCUGUGUUAUAAACGCAUAUUACAGUGCCAUUAUUAAUAUAUAAUGGAAUCGCCAUUAUUAACAUAUAAUGGCAUCGCAUUACCAUUUAAAGAUAUGCAGUUUAGAAAAUGUAUGUACAUGCAAAUUGUGCAACACGCCAUGAUCAGAAUAGCAAGAGAGACAUUUUGCUCUGACAUGAGUCGUGUUGGGGGGGGGGAUGCCAAAAUAUGAAUAGUUCCCUAAAAGGUUUAAUUGUCUUGGUAAAAAAACAACAACUCAUGUUUCAAUAAUUGCAAAUAAACGUAAAAUAUUUGCAUAAAAAAGUAAUUUUAUUGAGCUAGCAUUGCUAUUGAUUUAAAUUAUUAAGACUUGCCUGUAUUUGUAGACUUUUACUUGCAUAUUUUGAAGACAUAAUAAUACUGGAGCAGUGUACGGUGAUACCCAAAGAAGACAUUGUGUGAUGCUUUGUAGCACGAAUGAAAUCACUCAAUGUUUUACUUAACCCACGUGUGCGCUUCUAUGACGCUUUCCUAGCCAAUGUCUCUCGUCUCCAUACGCCUGUUGUAGAAACGCAUUUUUUUUAGUAAAAUUGUAUUU